AUGGCUCACAGCAAGAGAAACACUUCGCGCAGUGUUUUCACCUCGCACGAACGUGACCUCGCCAAGGCUGCAUGGACCUCUACGUCUGCCCGACUUAACAGAGAUUCGUUCCUUCCCUUCGGCUCUUGUUACCUCUGCCUCGAGAUCGCCAGGGACCCGGUUUCUUGCAGCCAUGGCGAUGUCUUUUGCAGAGAGUGCGCUGUUGCAAACCUUUUAGCCCAAAAGAAGGAGAUCAAACGCCUAGAGCGUGCGCGAGAGAAGGCCGAGCAGGAGAUUCACGAGGCUCUUGCUCGUAAAGAUGCAGAAGCUCAGGAACGUGCCAUCAAGGAGUUUGAGAUGCUACAAGCAGGUUUGAACCCUGCGUUGUCUUCAAGAAUCGCGGCGCCAUCGUCUUCAUCUUCGAUACAGGCCGAUUCUGGGUCUAUCACGGCAAAGGUUGGCUCGAAAAGGAAAUUUGUCUUGGAUCAAGAAGAGCUGGAGAGAAUAGCGGAGGAUGAUCGCACCAAAGCCAAGAAGUCAAUUGAGUACGAAAAGGCCUCUAAGGAGUCUCUGCCGUCUUUCUGGACCCCUUCCCAGACUCCCGAUGCCGAAGCAGCCCGAAAAGCAGCAAUUGUCAUAAAAAAGGCCAAAAUCAAUCCCGUCUGCCCCGCAUCGCCCGAUGACUCUCAACAUCCCUACUCUCUCAAGAGCCUUAUACAGCUGAACUUCAAAGAAGAAGCCGACACAGGUGCGGAUGGAACGAGACGUAUCUGCCCCUCCUGUCUCAAGACUCUUGGCAACGCUUCGCGACCACAGCUUGCGGAGAGUUGUGGCCAUGUAAUAUGUCGAGGCUGUGCGACCAAAUUCAUGGCUCCGGUCAAAGGCAACAAUGCUGCGGAGCAGGAGCAUGCCUGCUAUGUCUGUGACGCAAGACUCGCGUCCAACGGCUCAAAGAGCAAGCCAAGACAAUCAAAGCAAGAAUUUCCUGGGCUCAUUGAACUCAGGUCUGAGGGAACCGGCUUCUCUGCGCGCGGGGCGAACAUGGUAGAGAAGACGGCUGUCGCCGCCUUUCAAUGCUAG